CUGGCCCCGCCUGCACCUCGUACCCUAGCGUCGUUUGUGGAUUUGAAUUCUCUUCUGGGUCCACCUCCCCCUUUCAGAUUACGCUACUGGAAGGCCGACCCCGCCACCUCAUCAGUGACCCCCUCAUUCGGGGACACCUGGGGAAACGUCCCUCGUUUUAUUCUUUGCCGAAGGCUUCUCUGAGCCCCACUCCUUUGGGUGGUUAAUUAAUAGAGGUUUUUGAGUUCCUCCCAUUUGUUUUUCCCGUCUCUGGACUGGAAGGCCCCGCGCGGGGCUGUGCGCCUCUGCCCCCCAGUGUUUUCCUCACACCCAGAGACCCAGCUCCACCUGCCGCCCCGCUGGGGAUGGCCCCGCAGUGACAGCAAGGCGCCGGGCCCCCAGCUCCAAUACUGCUCCUGCCCAGGCUGGUGUCCACAUACACUGCCCUCCCCUCCCCCCUCCCCUAUCCCCUCCUCUUUUAAAUAUUCCGAGCUCUGGAUAGAGAGAAGAAGCUGCAGAGGAAGAUGUGGCUGAAGCUUUUUUUCUUGCUCCUAUAUUUUCUGGUCCUGUUCGUCCUGGCCAGGUUUUUUGAGGCCAUUGUGUGGUAUGAAACUGGCAUCUUCGCCACCCAGUUGGUGGAUCCAGUGGCAUUGAGCUUCAAGAAGCUGAAGACCAUUCUGGAGUGCCGAGGGCUGGGAUACUCAGGGCUGCCGGAGAAGAAGGAUGUCCGGGAGCUGGUGGAAAAGUCAGGUGACUUGAUGGAAGGUGAGCUGUAUUCGGCUCUCAAGGAAGAAGAAGCAUCUGAAUCCGUUUCCAGUACCAAUUUCAGUGGUGAAAUGCAUUUCUAUGAGCUUGUAGAAGACACAAAAGAUGGCAUCUGGCUGGUUCAGGUCAUAGCAAAUGACAGAAGUCCCUUAGUGGGUAAAAUCCACUGGGAGAAAAUGGUUAAAAAGGUGUCAAGAUUUGGAAUACGUACAGGCACUUUUAACUGUUCCAGUGACCCCAGAUACUGCAGGAGAAGAGGCUGGGUUCAAUCCACUCUCAUUAUGUCAGUUCCACAAACAAGUACUUCUAAAGGGAAAGUCAUGCUUAAAGAAUACAGUGGACGCAAGAUUGAAGUAGAACACAUUUUUAAGUGGAUAACUGCUCAUGCAGCUUCUCGUAUCAAAACAAUUUAUAAUGCUGAACACUUGAAAGAAGAAUGGAAUAAAAGUGAUCAGUAUUGGGUAAAAAUAUACCUGUUUGCAAACCUUGACCAACCCCCAGCUUUCUUCUCUGCACUAAGUAUAAAGUUUACUGGAAGAGUUGAGUUUAUUUUUGUUAAUGUGGAAAAUUGGAACAACAUGAGUUAUAUGAUAGAUAUUGGUGUAUAUCACAUGCCAUCAUAUGUACUUAGAACUCCUGAAGGAAUUUACAGGUAUGGAAACCACACAGGUGAAUUUAUAUCCCUUCAGGCCAUGGAUUCAUUUUUGCGCUCACUACAGCCUGAAGUAAAUGAUCUGUUCGUUUUAAGCUUGGUUCUAGUUAAUCUUAUGGCUUGGAUGGACUUAUUUAUCACACAAGGAGCUACCAUAAAGCGAUUUGUGGUUCUCAUAAGCACUUUAGGGACAUACAAUUCUUUAUUAAUUAUUUCCUGGCUACCUGUGUUGGGCUUUCUACAGCUUCCUUACUUAGAUAGCUUUUAUGAAUAUAGCUUAAAAUUGUUGAGAUAUUCCAAUACAACCACACUGGCUUCAUGGGUGAGAGCAGAUUGGAUGUUUUAUUCUUCGCACCCUGCCCUGUUUCUCAGUACAUACCUUGGACAUGGUUUACUAAUUGAUUACUUUGAGAAGAAGAGACGGCGCAACAACAAUAAUGAUGAAGUGAAUGCCAAUAACUUAGAAUGGUUAUCAAGUCUGUGGGACUGGUAUACCAGCUACCUCUUCCACCCGAUUGCUUCUUUUCAGAAUUUUCCUGUACAGUCUGAUUGGGACGAAGAUCCUGACUUAUUCUUGGAACGAUUAGCUUUCCCUGACCUUUGGCUUCACCCUCUGAUACCAACUGAUUAUAUUAAAAACUUACCAGUAUGGCGAUUUAAAUGUCUUGGAGUCCAGUCUGAAGAGGAAAUGUCGGAGGGUUCUCAAGAUAUUGAAAAUGACUCAGACAGUGAAAACACAGACACUUUAAGCUGUGAAAAGGAAGUAUUUGAAGAUAAGCAAAAUACAGUUCACAGUUCUCAAGGAAAAGCAAGUCACUGUGAUAAUGAGGCUUGUUCAUGUGCCAAUAAAUAUUAUCAGACAGGCUCAUAUGAAAGGAAAGGGAGGUCUUAUGGAUCAUAUAAUACUAAUGAAGAUAUGGAACCUGAUUGGUUAACUUGGCCUGCUGAUAUGUUGCACUGUACUGAAUGUGUUGUUUGCCUAGAGAAUUUUGAAAAUGGAUGUUUGCUAAUGGGGUUGCCUUGUGGUCAUGUGUUCCAUCAGAAUUGUAUUGUGAUGUGGUUGGCUGGGGGCCGACACUGUUGUCCUGUUUGCCGGUGGCCUUCUUAUAAAAAAAAACAGCCAUAUGCAUACCACCAGCCCUUGUCAAAUGAUGUCCCAUCUUAACCAUGUGCAAUUUGUCCUUUAUAAGCUUUGAGUAUCUUACAGCUUGCCUUUUUAAUGUUAGUCACAAUGUUUUUGUGGUUUGAAGUUUAGUUUAAUGUUAGUGCAGUGACAGGAAAUAUACAUUAUGCUAAUGUUGAUGACAGAAUUAUUUGGUUACCCUGUGUGUCAAUUGAAUGCAUACUUAAUUGUAAAAUUUUUUAUUUACACCAUUGGAAAUUCAGAAGUUAAUGUUUUUUGUAAGCACAAAAUAAGUAUGAUAGAAAUUUAUCCUAGCAAGCGUUUAUAAGGUAGGAUCAAAUUCUAAUGAAAUUGAGCCGGUUUCUUAUCCUAAAUGUUUCCUUCCUUUCUACAAUCUCUGUCCAGCACCUCUUGGUUAAAUAAUGUAUGCUCUGAGACAUGAAAUUAAAACAAACCUAUGAAAUAAAUUAUUUUAAAACCAGAAGAUUAA